AUGGCUGGGCGACUUCUCCCAAUUGCGUCCACCGGACACAUCACCUGCAAUGUGAUUUCCCAGCGCGCCCUCGAGCGGACCAUCUCGCGGGAGGUGGCCCUGAUGACGGAGCAGGCGUGCCGAGAUCCAGCAGAAGUGGAGAGGCAGAAGGAGCUGGUUCCUCCAUGGAUGAAGGAGGCGGGCGACGUAGAGAUCCCCUCACCUCGGCCAGCGCCUCGCACGCCGCUGCCGCCGGCGCCGGGCAACAGCCGCUGGGUGCAGCACGUGAUGGCGAGGCGUGAGGCGUACGAGGCGGCCCUUGGCCCCAAGGUGGACUACCCGAAGCCCCUCAUCAAGCUGCGGAGCCGGACACCGACGCCCUCAUCGGCCAAGUACUCUUCGGCUAACUCCGAGGAGAACCAUGAGGCCACAGAUGCCGAGCAGCGGCAGUUGGCGCGCCUCCUUCACAGCCUGAAGGAUCGUUUAAAGCGCGAAAAGGAUCUGGUGCAGUCGGCGGAGGCAAAGCUUGCCCGCCAUUCAAGACGACGCACGGGGACGCCGCUGGACGUCCCAGCAUCGGUGCUGUCCAAACGAUUUGAUGAGCUUGGUGCAAACUCCAAAGCCACAAGCAUGGCCAGAGCAAAGUCUUGCGGCUGGUAUCCGAGCCAAGCAGCUGGCUUCGCCCCAUCGGACCUCGCUGCGAGGCAACCAGCAAAGCCGCCAAAGAGGACAGACAGGCUACUGGCAUGCCCGUACGCCAUUACGGACAGUGCAAUGAAUUGA